CUUCGAUAUAGCAUCCCCCAUUGAAGUCCUCUUAAAAGCUGAAAAUGGGAGGUUCUCAGUCUAACUUGCCUCCCCGCCCUCUUGGUUUUGAGUAUAUGUGCAUAACUAUUCGUCACCCGGAUAAAAUUCGCGUCAUUCAUGGUACAGAUCGCGAAAUUAGCAUCCUCCGUCAAACCAUCCAAGAAUCAUGGCAUAGAGGAAUCCAAAGAGAAUCAUUCCUUCUUAAUGGAGCUCAUGAAUUCAAGUUGAAUGGAUAUCCAUUUUCUCUGAAUAUCUCAUCCAGCGAUGCCGUACUUUCCCGGACGAUGGCAGGUGCUCUCCUUCACAGACUAUAUCGUGAUGGGUGGAAGCUGCUGGUUUCUAGUGACUUGACUAGAACAACAGAACUUACUACGUGGAUUUUUAAGAAAGUAUCGGUUACAUUGUUGUCCUCCCAGCCGUUCAUGGUUGUGGGCCUCAGCAGCACUGAUACUUUAAUGGUACUCAAUGCACCUGCUGAUCUUCAUCAAACUUUCAAAGACAUGGUCGAAAAAUCAUGGCCUUUUGGAAUCCAAAGGUGGUCUUAUGAGAACUUUGUGUUAUUUAUCAAGUUGAAAGGAACGCCUUGGCAUCCAGACGGCGAGGAAACAGUUUAUUCAAGAGUGCUUCUGCAAACACUUAUUACUGAUCUGCAUGUGAGGCAAUGGAGAUUGUAUGGAAAUUCCAACCUUAAAAGUGGUACCAACACCUUCUUCUUUGAACACGACCCAAGUAUUGCAUCAGGGCAGCCCUGCCCACCACACUUUACCAUAAGCCUCAACAAGUAUGACACUGUUAGGUUGAUUGGAAUUCCAGACAGCUUGACGUCUGCUGUGCGUGAUGUCAUCCAAACCAACUGGCCAAGAGGUAUUCAAGAAGAAUCACGCUACUCUUUGAGCUGGCAGUUUAAGCUGCGCGGAAAUCCCUGGUGGGCUUCAGGUGAAGAAGCAGUAACCUCAAGAUAUCUGGUUCUGAAACUGAUUGAAGCCAUGCAGGCAUAUGGAUGGAGCAUUGUCACUAGUAUUGACAGCUCAAGAAAACUGUCAGAUAAGAGUUCCCUUCUUUUCAGACAGUCACAGCCAAGGCAGUCUCCAGUUUUCUGUAUAAGUUUGAAUGAGACAGACAAACUGCGACUAAUAAAUGCACCAGAAGACAUUGCAAAGAAAUGUCAAGAUGUGAUUCAUGCUCAGUAUGCUCUUGGUAUUCAGAGAGUGCAGCGCUAUGGAAAUAGUCUUGAAUUUAAACUACUGGGUAACCCAUGGGGAGAUGGAAUAAGUGGACAUGAUGGAAUCCAUGGCAGAAGUCUGAUGUGCCACCUAGUCCAUGUAUUGGCAAACCAUCACUGGAGGCUUGUCACUUCAGCAGAUGUGUCAGCAAAGUACGUCCACCGUGACAAAGCUCCUGAUUAUCCAAUAGAUGUGGACAGCUUAUUCUUCACGUUCGAGCCAACUGCUGUACAACCAUCAGCACCACCACUAUUCUUUCCUGGGUAUUCUCAACCAUCUGCACAGCCUCCUCCUUCAUAUGGCUUUCUUCAGCAAAAUGCUCCUCCACCUUAUGACCCACCAGCCUAUGGUGCUCAAUUUUCUUAGAUUAAGGCUCAGAGCCUAAUAUGUAACAUACAAGGUCAUGUAGCUGUGGUUAAAACCAACUAAUCUGUCAAACAAAUCUCUUGAUCUCCCCUACAGUUUGCUUUGUCUCAUAUAUAAGACCAUGUGAAUUUGGAUGAUUUUCAAUGAAACCAAACUCCUGAUUAUAUUAAUGAUCUUCUGUCUAUGAAAACCAAAUCCAACUAUUCUCUUUGUUCGUCCUCACAGUUUCUUCUGUCAGGUCCCAGAGUCAACUGCUCUACAUUUGGGGGUCGUGCUUUCACCCACACUGCACCGGUUCUAUGGAACUCUUUACUGCAGACUAUUAGAUCUAGUAGUAGUAUUUCUGUGUUUAAAAAAAGACUGAAGACUUUUCUUUUUAAAAAGGCUUUUAAUUUGUAACUUGUGGUCUAUUUGAGAUAUAUUCUUACUGUACAGCACUUUUGAAUAUUGACCAAUAGUUGAAGUGCUCUAUAAAUUUAUUAUUAUUAUUAUUAUUAAGUUGUUUGUGUGUGGGUCUCCAGUGCCCUGGAUUAUAUGAAAUAAUGUAUUUAACAUACCAAUUUUCAUGUUUAAGUAGUGGUAUUGAAGAUAAGAUUAAUUAAUGAAUCAAAGAAAAUAAAUCACUCUUAUAAUGAUAUAGAAAGAUAAUGGACAAUAGAGAGAUACCUAAUACCUAUGUCAAGCUUAAUGCAGCAGGUUGAUCGCCAAGUCAGAGGCAAAAAAAACGUAAACAUUGUAAUCUGACAUUAUAAAAUAGCCACAAAAAUUGUUUAAUACAGGGUAUAUCUAUUUUUUCAUUUCCUCAAAGUUACAGCUGUAUAUUAAGGUUGUCUCUCUAGUUUUCCUGAGGGAACUCUAUACUUAUGUUCCCUAGCAGAUUAUGUUAAAUACACUAUAGCUAAUUCUUGCAGAAGGAAAGUACAAUGUAAUGUGAUUGUGUUCUGCAUUUCUCGUUUCAUGACUGUGAAUGUAAACUACUGACCUAGAAAAUUUAUCAAAUUAGAAGGCACUCUCUUGUUGUGAUAUUUUAACAAAGAAAACUGGAAUACAUUAUGUAAUAAGUGCCGGAGUCAAAUGAUCAUCAAAUGCAGAGGAAGUUUGA